AUGUACAGUUUUCCUUUAUUUUAUGCUUUUCCACUGCUAUUUUGUUCCUCCGAAUUCAGAGAAGUAAAUGAAAAGGAAGAAAUAUUCCCAGCUUCAAGGCCAUUCAUGGUUGCCCUCUUCAGAAAAAAGCAUUUAUUUUGUGGAGGAACUUUGAUCAAAAAGGACUGGGUAUUAACGGCAGCCCACUGUUUUCCGAAUGAAUAUACACGUGUAAUUCUUGGAGCUUAUUCACGGACUAAAAAAGAGGAUGGAAAACAUAAAGCUAACAUUAGUAAAACAUUUUCUUACCCAGGCUUUAAUCCAAGGAUAUUUGAAAAUGACAUUAUGCUUUUGCAGAUUCACACAAAGGGACAUAUUCAUGAACCCACAAAUACCAUUCCACUUUCCAAAAAAUCUGAUGACAUCAAGGAAGGAACUCAGUGCCUAAUAGCUGGAUGGGGAACUAUUAAUAAAAGAAAAGGAUCUGAUAAACUCCGUGAAGUUAAUGUCACUGUCAUGAACAGAGAUAUGUGCAAUAACAAGAAACACUAUAAUUCUGUGCCUCAUGUCACAAUGAAUAUGGUGUGUGCAGGUGAAAAGAAAACUGGGAAAGAUAUGUGCUGGGGUGACUCUGGUAGUCCGUUGAUAUGCAAUGGUGAACAAAGAGGCAUCUUAGCCUUUGUUAAAAACUGUGGUAAUUCCAGAUACCCUGGUGUCUAUAUGCGAUUCACAAAGGAGCAUCUAUCCUGGAUAAAUCAGACACUCAAAGAUCAUAGCACUAAGUGA